AUGAACAAAAUAGUGAUUAGGCUGGUUCUGUUUUUGUUAUGUACUUUAGUAUUUACGCUAUCCGAGGAAUAUGACGAAGAUGACGAAGACUACGAUGAUUUUUCCAACGUAAAUUCAACAUCAAAUGGUACGUUAGCUUUCAUCGCAGAAUUAUCGAACGUCACACGAGACGGGGGAAAACUGGUGAAAUUCGUGUGCGAAGUAAAACAGCUAGAUUUAAACCACACAAACCACAAAGUGUCCUUUAAUUGGAGGCACAACGGAGUACCUGUAGAUGCCAACGAUAGAUUUAAAAUUAGAAAUAAGGGCAAGGAGAACGUUUUUUCGUCGAUAUUGCGUAUCUUAAAAUUGGAGUACUUCGACAGAGGAUUCGUGGAAUGCAUUGCUAGUAAUGGAGUGGACAAAAUCAGAUCUGUUGCUUUUUUGGAUGUAAAUCCCGAAGCCUAUAAAUAUGGCAAAGCAAACCCACUUAACACCGACCAUCCUGAUUUAGACAGUUUCGGUGAAAUAACGACAUUCAUGCCGAACAGCAUCUCGAAAACCAACGACGGUGACUUUCUACCGUCCGGCGCCGGAAAAUCCAAAACGUUCUCGACGCCCAUUCAAUUCGACUUGGAUUCGUCGGGAAAACUCAUGGAAAACACGCCGAAAAUCCACAACGCCUCCGAGCCUCUUUGCCAAAUGUACACGGGCCAACGGUGCAGGCGAUUGCUGGCGGGAAAAUACGUUUUCAUCCAACCGCCUUACACGCAAAAGGAAAUCGAGGAUAAGCUCGAUGCAGCUUUCGUGGUUAUAUCGCAAUCGAACGAUAUAUCGACCGUGUGCAGCAAAUUCGCCGAGCCGAGCGUGUGUUUUUCAGCGUUCCCAUUGUGCCUGGACCGCGAAAAUAUCGAAGAGUACCAGACCCACCACCAACGGGAAUUGAGCCACGUCGAUAAUAAACAGAAAUCGAUGAACAUCAGGACGAAAUUGACCAAUUCCUUGAGGAGGAUAUGCAGAGACGAGUGUCUACUGCUGGAGAACGAGCUCUGCAGCAAGGAGUACAGCAUCGCCAAGAGACAUUUAGUUAUAAGUCAAAUUAUGGAAUUGGAAUUGUGUGAACAGCUACCUUCUGAAACUGAUAUCAGCUCGAAGCAUUGCUUGAUGCUAGGAGUGGGAGAGUUAAACGUUAAAAGAGAGGAUACAUGUUUUUGGGAUAAGGGGAAAGAGUACCGAGGUACGCAAGAUAAGUCUUCCAGCGGGAAAUCUUGCAUCAGAUGGUCCCAUCAAUUCCACGUGCCUACUUCAGAUAAUCCAGAAUUAGCUGGGCACAAUUACUGCAGGAAUCCGAAAGAAUUGGAAAGCGAACCGUUCUGUUACGUCGAACAAAAUCUGCGGGAGCCGUGCGGUGUAAAAAAAUGCAUGUUCGUUUACGGAUUAUACAUCGUCAGUCCCAUGAUUGGACUCAUAGUAGUCGUGAUCCUGUUCGCCUACUGUUACUGCACAAGAAGGAACAAGCUCACUCGAAAUUUACAAAAUAAGGAUUUGCCGCAAGUGAGCAAAAACAUCUACGGAAGUCCGGGUCCGAGCGCGCCCACUAUGGAAAUGAAUUCGUUAUUACCGCCGCAUCUGCCGCCCCAACGGAACCAUCACGGUUCCAAUAAAAACAACAUACAAUCCGUGCCCCAAUACACCUUCAAGGAGGUCAGGUUCGUCGACGAAUUGGGAGAGGGAGCCUUCGGCAAAGUUUACAAAGGCGAGUUGAAGACGAAAACCGGUAAGAUAUUCGUGGCCGUUAAAUCGUUGAAAGAGAACGCCAGCGCGAAAACUCAGGCGGAUUUCCAACGGGAAAUCGAACUGAUCUCGGAAUUGAAGCAUCCCAAUAUCAUAUGCUUGCUGGGUGUUGUUAUGAAACAGGAGCCAAUGUGUAUGCUCUUCGAAUACAUGUCGGAGGGGGAUUUACACGAAUUCCUGAUCGCUAAUUCGCCCGAGGAAGGAAAAUGUCUAACGCACAACCAAUUUCUGGAUAUAGCUAAGCAAAUUGCUAGAGGUAUGGAGUAUCUUUCAUCUAAUCACUACGUUCAUAGAGAUUUGGCUGCUCGAAACUGCUUGGUUUCCAAAGAUUUGGUGGUGAAGAUCAGCGAUUUCGGCCUAAGCAGGGACAUGUACAGCUGUGAUUACUACAGAGUGCAGUCGAAAUCAUUGUUACCCGUCAGAUGGAUGCCUCCCGAUUCAAUAUUAUACGGUAAAUUUACCACCGAAAGCGACGUUUGGUCCUACGGCGUGGUCUUAUGGGAGAUAUACAGCUACGGUCUACAGCCCUAUUACGGCUACAACAACCAGGAAGUGAUCAAUAUGAUAAGAUCGAGGAAACUGUUACCGUGUCCCGAUGCUUGUCCCAGUUACUGUUACGCUCUAAUGGUUGAGUGUUGGGCCGAACAGGCGAAUCGACGGCCCAAUUUCAGCGAAAUCGCGCACAGACUGAAAAUUUGGAGAGAUAGCGGUUCCACGAACGGAGCGUAUUUUAAAAGCGUUCCCACGCCGCAAAAGUACAACUUUAGCUCGAAAUCGAGCCACACGUCGGAUACCCAUUCGAAUUACACCAACGGUGAGAAUCAGAUGUGCUUCACGUGGGAACGAGACCACCGCAGGCCUACUUCCAGUAAAUUAAACGAUAGCCAGAGCAGCCUGACGUCUCGUUCUUCGAGUGCGGGGAAUACCACGCAGAGUACGGUGAUCAGCAACGAAGCGAGGAAAGAGAAACGUCCAAAGAGAAGCGUCGACUCGUUAGAUAGACUGAAUCCUAAAAAUACUGUAGUUAGCAGUAGCGGCAACGGUGACGGGAUAGAAACCAAGAUUACUUUGUAA